CCAGCCCAGUAUCGGAGGAAAGCAGAGCGAAAGCUGGUAUGGUUGUUGGGGGAGGAGGAGGGUCCCAACUUCCUACUUCCGGCUUCAUUCGCCUCCACUCAUCGUUAACAUCGCUCUUUUCAGCUUCACUCUUUCGAUUCCCUAUCCCAGGUCUUAUGAUCAAACUCAUUGAACAUUCAAAUGGUAAAGUGGAGUGGACUAAUCUCAUGAUGACUUACAAGAAUUGGGAAGAGGAACAACGGCAUUUCGUGAAUUUUGUUUGUACUUACAUUUAGUGAAUAAAUGCUGAUAAUUUAGAAGAUUUGGAGCAAAGGGGAACUUACUUUUGCUACUAUAAUUAGCUAUUCAAGAUUAUAAGAUCAGAUUUUCUUUGAUAUCAAGGUUAUUUAAAUGGGACACAGAGUAAAGAAGAAUGGUGAGGAUAAGAGGUUCAAUGUGAAAUGGACGGAACGUUGGGAUGACGUUUUUGUUGAGGCUCUUGUGCAUCAGCAAACCAUGGGAAACAGGGUUGAUAAGGUUUUCACCACUGCAGCUUAUAAUAACAUUUUGAAAGAAAUGCGUGAUAAACUUGGAGAGCCAUUUCAAAAAGAUCACUUGAAAAAUCGUAUGAAAACUCUUAAGCAUCAUUUUAAAGAGUGUCAUAAUCUUUUCAGUGGUAUUAAUGAUUUUACAUGGAGUCCGGAGACAAAGCUGUGGACUGCAGAGCCUGACGUGUGGAAAGAACUGAUCAAGGCAAGACCCGAUGCAAGAAAAUGGAUGUCUACACCAGUAGGCAACUAUGAUAAAUUGCUGAUGCUAUUUGCAAACGAAGCGGGUGACAGUUUUGCAAUGGCCAAAGAGGACACAAACCAUAUAGUUAACUUGAACAUCGGUAGCGAUUUGAACUGCCAUGAUCUUGGGGCCUCUCAAAAUGAGGUAGCAUUUACUUUAGAGGACUUAAAUGGUGGAAAUGGUGGAAAUUACGUGCUGCCAAUUUCAGCAGAAGCAAAUUCACAAAUCGAUUCUCAGGCACCUUCUCUAUCCGCAACAUCAUUGAAAGGCAAGAAGAGAAAGGCCCCAAGGAAUUUGGACUUUGAGAGAGAGUUUGCUAGUGUUAGGGAAGCAAUUAAAGAUGUUGCCGCAGCAAUCAGGGAGGGAAAUGCCAUUGCAGAGAGGAGUCGACCCCGUGUUUAUUCAGAGGAAGAAGUUUUCAAAGAACUUGUAAGCAUUGGUGUCGAUGUGCAGUUACGGUUUAGAGCCUACACUUUCCUAAUUGCAAAUGUUGCAAGGGUGAGAGCCUUCUUUGGAUGCCCAGUUGAUGAACGCAAGGACUUUCUGCUGCAGAUGAUGUAUAGUCCUCAGGACUGUUGAGGUACUUUGUAAAAUUGCAGAUAAGUGAGUCUAGGCUUCAAAAGUGAUGUUAAUUUAACAUACCAUAGUUGCAGCAAGAAUAAAAAAUAAUAAUAAUAAUAAUUCAGUGUAACAAACAUUUAUAGUUUUUUCAGAUGACUGUGUUCGCUUGUUUUGAUUAUCAAGUUAAUAGAUAGAAUCAUUUUCUAGUU